AUGCACUACUGUGUGCUGAGCGCUUUUCUGAUCCUGCAUCUAGUCACGGCCGCGCUCAGCCUGUCUACCUGCAGCACGCUCGAUAUGGACCAGUUCAUGCGCAAGAGGAUCGAGGCGAUCCGCGGGCAGAUCCUGAGCAAGUUGAAGCUCACCAGCCCCCCAGAAGACUAUCCCGAACCCGAGGAAGUCCCCCCGGAGGUGAUUUCCAUCUACAACAGCACCAGGGACUUGCUCCAGGAGAAGGCGAGCCGGAGGGCGGCCGCCUGCGAGCGCGAGAGGAGCGACGAGGAGUACUACGCCAAGGAGGUUUACAAAAUAGACAUGCCGCCCUUCUUCCCCUCGGAAACUGUCUGCCCAGUUGUUACAACACCCUCUGGCUCAGUGGGCAGCUUGUGCUCCAGACAGCCCCAGGUGCUCUGUGGGUACCUUGAUGCCAUCCCGCCCACUUUCUACAGACCCUACUUCAGAAUUGUCCGAUUUGACGUCUCGGCGAUGGAGAAGAAUGCAUCCAAUUUGGUGAAAGCAGAGUUCAGAGUCUUUCGUUUGCAGAACCCGAAAGCCAGAGUGCCCGAACAACGAAUCGAACUGUAUCAGAUUCUCAAAUCCAAAGAUUUAACGUCUCCGACCCAGCGCUACAUUGACAGCAAAGUCGUCAAGACGAGAGCAGAAGGCGAAUGGCUUUCCUUUGACGUGACUGACGCCGUCCAUGAAUGGCUCCACCAUAAAGACAGAAACCUGGGAUUUAAAAUAAGUUUACACUGUCCCUGCUGCACCUUUGUACCAUCUAAUAAUUACAUCAUUCCCAAUAAAAGUGAAGAGCUAGAAGCAAGAUUUGCAGGUAUUGAUGGCACCUCCACAUAUACCAGUGGUGAUCAGAAAACUAUAAAGUCCACUAGGAAAAAAAACAGUGGGAAGACCCCACAUCUCCUGCUAAUGUUGUUGCCCUCCUACAGACUUGAGUCACAACAGUCCAACCGGCGGAAGAAGCGUGCUUUGGAUGCAGCCUAUUGUUUUAGAAAUGUGCAGGAUAAUUGCUGCCUACGUCCACUUUACAUUGAUUUCAAGAGGGAUCUUGGGUGGAAAUGGAUACAUGAACCUAAAGGGUACAAUGCCAACUUCUGUGCUGGAGCGUGCCCAUAUUUAUGGAGUUCAGACACUCAGCAUAGUAGGGUUCUCAGCCUAUAUAAUACCAUAAAUCCAGAAGCAUCUGCUUCUCCUUGCUGCGUGUCCCAGGAUUUAGAACCGCUAACCAUUCUCUACUACAUCGGCAAAACACCCAAGAUUGAACAACUCUCUAAUAUGAUCGUAAAGUCUUGCAAAUGCAGCUAAGAUUCUUGGAAAAGUGGCAAGACGAUAAUCCCAUGGUGGAGGAUCAGGAGGAGGACAACGACGAGAACAAUGACAAUGUUUGUAACAAGAAAGCAUAAGAGAGCCUUGCUUCAACAGUGUUAAAAAUUUUCGAAAAAAGCGGUACUAGUUCAAACACUUUGGAAGUCUGUGUUCUGUUUGUUAAAACUGGCUUCUGAAACAAAACAAAACAAAACAAAUUGAAGGCUUUAUUCUACAUUUCACCUACUCUGUAAGUGAGAGAGACAAGAAGCGAAACCUUUUUUUUUUUUUAAGAAAAAAAUAAACACUGGAAGAAUUUGUUAGUGUUAAUUAUGUGAAAGGAAAAAACAAACAAACAGGAAAAUCCCAUUAAGUGGAGUUGCUGUACAUACCGUUCCUAUCCCAUGCCUCACUUGAUUUUUCUGUAUUGCUAUGCAAUAGGCACCCUUCCCAUUCUUACCUUUAGAGUUAACAGUGAGUUAUUUAUUGUGUGUUACUAUAUAAUGAACAUUUCAUUGCCCUUGGAAAAUAAAACAGGUGUAUUAAGUGGAGACCAAAUACUUUGCCAGGAACUCAUGGAUGGCUUAAGGAACUUGAACUCAAACGAGCCAGAAAAAAAAGAGGUCAUAUUAACGGGAUGAAAAACCAAGCGAGUUAUUAUAUGACCAAGCAAGUCUGCAGUAAGAUAAAGACCCUGAAAACACAUGCUAUGUGCCGACUGCCCAAGGAAGCUUCUUGUAAGGUUCAAAACUGAAAAGCCUGUUAAUAAAGGAAACUUUCAGUCAGAA